UUUAUACGAGCUGCGGAGCUGCGGGUCCGGCCACAGAUUCAGACCCAGGAUGGGUGUUCAGGGCUUGCUCACGUUCGUGGAGACUCACCGGCAAAUCUACCGGGAGGUCCAGUUCAGUAUGAACCGGCUGGUGAUCGACGGCUGCAACCUGUUGUACCUGAUGUACUUCGAGUCAGGUCUGGACCAGAAUCACGGAGGGGAGUACGCUGCCUUUGAGGCCCACAUUGAGAGGUUCGUCGCCGCCCUCAGAGUCUGUGGGAUCAAGCCGUACGUGGUUCUGGAUGGAGGCUCAGACUACAACGACAAGAAGCUCGAAACUCAGACGCUGAGAGCCGAGGAUCGGAUCAAGAGGGUCCAUCAGGCAGCAGUGAGCGGCAGGAUGGAGCACAUCCUGCCGCAGCUCGCCAAGUUGGUGUUCAAACAGACGCUGGCCCGGCUGGGGGUCCCGGUGGCCCAGUGCUAUGGAGAGGCCGACCAGCAGAUCGCUGCCCUGGCCUGUGAGUGGCAGUGCCCGGUGCUUUCCAAGGACAGUGACUUCUACAUCUUCAGUCUCCCGGGGGGGCUGCUGCCCCUCUCUCACUUCCGCUGGGAGGCGGUGGAGCAGAGCGGCUCGCGGAGCUACAUCCCCUGUAAGAUGUACAACACCUCCAGCUUCUGCGUCUUCUUCAACAUCCAGCGCCAGCUCCUGCCCACCUUCGCCGCCUUGGCCGGGAACGACUACGUGAAACUGCAGAGGAUGGAGCUGUCAAUCAACUGGGCUCAGUUCGACCGGACCGGCGGUGAGACUGCAAGCCGCCUGGGGGGGUUGGUCUCCUGGUUGAGGGGAUUCCAGAAGCCUCAGGAAGCCUUGGAUGCAGCGCUGGGGCUGAUGGGAGAACUGAGCGGGAAGAGGAAGGCAGAUGUGCUGCAGAGCCUGCAUCUGGGGAUGGAGGAGUACCAGGUUCCUCCCAGCUCCCUGAAGAGGUUCUUCAUCCACGGGACGGCUCCUCCGUUCCCAGCAGUGAAAGAAGUGGCGGGUCUUGUCCCAGACUGGAUCCGGCUGCCUCUGACGCAGGCCCGGCUGACCGCAGACAUCCUGGACGUGCUUCAGCUGAACAGGAUGAGCCUCAGCAUCCCCGUGGACCACAAAGACAUGCCCAGCGCCAACCUGACCUCCAGGCCGCUCCGCCAGGUGACGUACGGGCUGCUGCUGGGCGGAGGGACGCCGCUUCAGGUGACGGAGACAGACAGAGACGGCCUCCAGCUGAAAUCCACCCUGGUCCAGCCGGCCUUCAGAGGGGUCGCUCAGCGGCUGGUGCUCAACUCACUGAAUACGGUGGAGCUCUCCGAGCGUCUGCAGGUGUUGCUCCAGGCUCUGCAGGUGACUGAGGCCUCUCUGAGCCGCCUGCCGCCUCAGCUGCGCCUCCCGGUGGCCGUCACCUGCUACUGGCUGCAGAGAGCUCAGCCUCCGCCCAGCGAGAGGCUGCUGAAGGCGCUGCUGCUGGGGCUGAGCGACGGAGACCCGCUGCGACACAGAGCAGCUCUGCGGGCUGAACAUCAGAUCUCUAAACCAAAGCUGGACCUGACUGUGGCUCACGCCUUCAACCAGUGGCAGGCCUGCCUGAGGGACAGCAUCCAGCUGAACCAGCUGCUGGGCUUCCCUCUACCUGAGCCGCAGGUCGCACGGUUGUAUGAGGGGACGCUGGUCCACCAGCUGGUCCACAUGAUGAAGACAGGAAGAAGACUGAAGGCCUUUCUGAAGAGCAGUCGCUCCAGUGUGAGGCAGUACCAAGCCAUGCUGUCCGUCAUCCACCAGUUUCACGCUCAGGAGGCGUCGACGCCCUCGGACACCCAAAAGAAAGAGACGGCUUCGCGGCGGCAGCGGAAGCCCAUGGAAGACCUGACCGCCAGCCUGCAGCAGCUGUUCCUCCGCUACGAAGACGAGGAGACUGAGACUGAGGUGAACAGCGCCGUCAGAGCACUCGAGGAUCUGAACCUGGAUGAUCUGGUGAUGGUCAAAACUCGGUACAGAACCAAGGAGAGAAACAACCGGUGCAACAACCCAGAGGUGGCCCGCAAAGAAGAGUGCAGGGGCUGGAACCUCCUCUGAGGACCGGAGGCCUGGGUCCACCUCAGUGUCCCACAUGUGGAGACGGAACAUCGUCCUGUAACCAAGUCGGAUUUUUUCAUGUUUGUCUUCUGCUGGUUUUGAUCUGAUGCUUUGUUAUCAGCUGUUUACUAUGUAUUUGAUCAUGUUCUUUUCACACAAGCACUUUUUACUUAAAAAAAAACUUUUUAACUUUUAAAUGUUUUAAUCUUUUAACUGUCGAUGUGAUCGAAAGCUCCAGGAAAAGUUCAGGAAUGAACCCUGAGUUGAGAUUUUUUGUCAAUCAGCUGUUCUGAAGGAAUUUUUUCCAAAAAUCGAAGGCGUUCGUUUUAAAUGAUAAACAGUGUCAAAUUAUUUAUCAGAGUUUUUCAGUAUCUAUUUCUUAAAUGUCUUUGUACUUGAUGAGAUGAUGAAGUGUUAAAUUCAAUUUUUAAUGUUUGAUAAAUGAAUAAACUUUGCUCUGCUUCUCAAACGAAGAGUGAAAUAUGAAUAAAACCAAAAUCAGCUUCUUUAAAAGAUUUAUAAAAUUUUAAUAUACAUUUUAUGCCCCCCCCCACCACACACACACACAGAUCAUAAAUAAAUCAGAAAAUAAAGAGUGAGUCCGUGGUGUGUGACUGGUGCAGCAGCUUCUGGCAGUUUCAGCCACAGUGUUUC